CUGAGUUCUGCCACCAUGAAGGUCAAGGUCAUCCCCGUGCUGGAGGACAACUACAUGUACCUGGUCAUCGAGGAGCACACGCGGGAGGCUGUGGCCGUGGACGUGGCCGUGCCCAAGAGGCUGCUGGAGGUCGUGGCCCGGGAGGGGGUAUCUCUAACCACGGUGCUGACCACCCACCACCACUGGGACCACGCGAGGGGAAACUCGGAGCUGGCGCGGCUGCGGCCGGGGCUGGCCGUGCUGGGCGCCGACGAGCGCAUUUGCGCGCUGACCCGCAGGCUGGCUCACGGCGAGGAGCUGCGGUUUGGGGCCAUCCACGUGCGCUGCCUCCUGACGCCCGGCCAUACCUCGGGCCACAUGAGCUACUUCUUGUGGGAGGACGAAUGCCAGGACCCACCCACUCUGUUUUCGGGGGACGUGCUGUCGGUGGCCGGCUGCGGCUCGCGCCUGGAGGGGACCGCUCAGCAGAUGUACCAGAGCCUGGUUGAGACUCUGGGCAACCUACCCCCCGAGACGAAGGUGUUCUGUGGCCACGAGCACACACUCAGCAACCUCGAGUUUGCACAGAAAGUGGAGCCCUGCAACGACCACGUGAGAACCAAGCUGUCCUGGGCCCAGAAGAGGGAUGAGGACGACGUGCCCACAGUGCCUUCGACCCUGGGCGAGGAGCUCCUCUACAACCCAUUCCUGAGGGUGGCAGAGGAGCCAGUGCGCCAGUUCACUGGCAGAACAGUCCCGGCUGAGGUCCUGGAGGCACUCUGCAGUGAGCGGGCAAGCUUCGAGCAGGUGGCCAAAGUGCUGCAGCCACAGGCUCGGGCACUCCUGGCGCUGCAGCGGGGGCUCCUGGGCUCACCUCAACAGAAGUGAGCCCCAUGUGGGGAGUCUCCACCUCCAUCCUCCUGCGACCCUUGGGCCUGCCCCCGGGGCACUGUCCAGCUGGCCACCCAGCUUUGGAGGGUCAGCAAGCAGACCCUUUGCCUUGGGCGCUUCCUGGGAGGGAACACGCAGGGCAGAACCUCCUCGUGGGGGCCCUGAGAGCCAGGCGUCGAGGAAGCAGCUUAGUGGGUGCACAGGGUAUGUGGACGGUGAAUAAAGCUUUGAGAGACCCUUCUCAACGUCA